CCGGCGCAGAUUUUGACGUGGAGAGCAGCAGCGAGCGCUUCGCGCACGACCGGGGGCGCGUCUCAACCGCCGAGUCGGACGCCAAAGUCGUACCACGAGACGACGCCCGAGGCGUCGCAGGUCGACCGCCACGCGCCGUUCGACGGCGGCGCGGCGGGCGUUGGCGCGGCGGGCGCAUUCUGCGCGGGCUUGCUAAAGAAGUUGAAAAACUGGUCGAAGAACGACUCGCUCGGCAGCGUCACGCGCGCCGGCGACGAGAAGGGGGACCCGCUCCAGGCCUCGCGGGGCAUGGCGGGCGGCGCGGCCCGCCGCACCCCAAGCUUUGAAAUGCGGUCGCGGCGCUCCGCGAGCCUCGCCGCUGCGACCUCCAGCUCAGCCGCGCGCAAUGCUUCGCGCGUCGCGCUGGAGAAGACGUCGCCGGACCACCCCACGCGCUCCAUCGUCGGCGCCUUGGGCCGCACCGGCGGCGGCGGCGGCGGCUUCGGCCAACGAGCCGUUCCGUACGCGUCGCCACUCCACGCAGGCACCGACACCUCCUUGGCGCGCUGCUUCCUGCCGAACGAGAACACCGGCGACGCCUUCGACGGCGGUCCCGAUGCCGACGCCGCCUCUACUUCGUCGCUCUGGGCCGCGAAGGCGACAGCAGCGCCGGCCACGGCCACCACGCCGAUCACCGUCCCUGGGUCGAUGUCAACCGCCCCGAGCGGCCGGAUUUGGCUGCGCACCGGCCUGGGUAGGGUGUACGAGGAUGCGCUGAAAGCCCCCAGCAAGCCUAGCCUAAAAUGCAACAUUUUCCAACGCCACCCGGCACCCGGUCCGGGGUACAACACGCGAAGCGGAGCAAGAUCGCACAAGGAUUUACCAUUUACCUACGGCUGCUAG